AUGCGUGGGGCCUCUGCUGCCUUUCGAACCUACCUCACCAUGGCGGACCGACACAAGAGUCUGCCACCAUCCUUGGCAGAAAGUGUCUUGUCCAAGACGAAUGCCAUUGUCAAGGAAGGUUUUGCCUUCUUGAAGCAAGUCGUCGAAAUACCCAAGGUCCUCUUUCGGCCGAAUCGUAAAACACCGGCCAAUUUGCUUCCGGUGCUCCUACGAAAACGGGCCACCUUGGUUCGAACAAAACCAAAUGGACACGGAUCGCACUUGAUGCUUGACUUUGGAAGCUUUUCCAUGACCAUUUACUUCUCGCCACUCUUACUGACCCUCCGUGCCAAUGAAGAAGAAGAUGGUGACGAAAAUGAUGGUGAUAAUGAGAAAACCAGUGAAACAGCGCGGACCGUUCCCGGUUUUUCAGAACGCGCCCCUAGACUGGGUAUGUGCCUCUUGGAAACCUCUUCACCAUGGUUUGGUACGUCGACGGCAACCCAACGAUUUGCCAUUCUAUAG